CUGAGGAGGCGGCCUACGCUGAAAAAGGGGGUACCUGAAAAUGCCUAGUUGUCUGGCCCAGGAGCCACGGCCGCCCCUGGCAAGGAAGGCUUCAUCUGUCCCGGAACCUACUGGAAGGCGGGCCUGGCUCUGGCAGGCAGCUCUGGCCACGCUCAACCCCAACCCCACGGACAGCUGUCCCCUCUACCUGAACUGUGCCACCGUGGCGGCUCUGCCUUCCAGGGUGAGCCGGCAUAACAGCCCUUCCGCUGCCCACUUCAUCACCAGGCUUGUGCGAACCUGCCUGCCACCUGGAAGCCACCGGUGUGUCCUGAUGGUCUGUGAACAGCCCGAGGUUUUUGCCUCUGCCUGUGCCCUGGCCCGGGCCUUCCCACUCUUCACACACCGCUCAGGGGCAUCCCGGCGCACAGAGAAGAGGACGGUCGUGGUGGAAUUCUUCCUGGUGGGACAGGACAAUGGCCCAGUGGAAGUGUCCACCUUGCAAUGUUUAACCAAUGCCGCAGAAGCUGUGCGGCUAGCUGCCCGCAUUGUGGACACUCCAUGCAAUGAGAUGAACACAGACAUCUUCCUUGAGGAGAUUACUCAAGUUGGAAAGGAGCUGGGGAUCACCCCCACCAUCAUCCGGGAUGAGCAGCUGAAGACCAGAGGAUUUGGAGGAAUCUAUGGGGUUGGCAAAGCUGCCCUCCACCCGCCUGCUCUGGCCAUCCUCAGCCAUACCCCUGAUGGGGCCACACAGACCAUUGCCUGGGUGGGCAAGGGUAUCGUCUAUGACACCGGUGGCCUCAGCAUCAAAGGGAAGACCACUAUGCCAGGGAUGAAGCGAGAUUGUGGGGGUGCCGCAGCCAUCCUGGGAGCCUUCAGAGCCGCCAUCAAGCAGGGUUUCAAAGAUAACCUCCAUGCUGUGUUUUGCUUGGCUGAGAAUGCUGUGGGCCCCAAUGCCACCAGGCCUGAUGACAUUCACCUUCUGUACUCAGGAAAGACCGUGGAGAUAAACAACACAGAUGCCGAGGGCAGGCUGGUGCUAGCCGAUGGCGUGUCCUAUGCUUGCAAAGACCUGGGAGCUGACAUCAUCGUGGACAUGGCCACAUUGACUGGAGCACAGGUGAGUGUCACAUGUCACCCCUUACGCCCCGUUAGCCUGGACCCCUCUUGGCAGGUGAGAAUGGAGCAGCUGUUGAACCAGGCUGUGCUCUGCCUGCUUGUUGUUCGUGGUUCCUUUCUCUGCCCUCCUUUCUGCCUCUUCCGUGGUCUGUCUGUCUGUCUGUCUGCUGCUCCACGUUGCCUUGUGUUUCUCUUCUGCCCUCCCUGGUAUGGUUGCUUCUCUUGUGUCCUUUGCCAGGGCAUUGCCACAGGGAAGUACCAUGCAGCCGUACUCACCAACAGUGCCGAGUGGGAGGUGGCCUGCGUGAAGGCUGGCCGCAAGUGCGGGGACCUGGUCCACCCUCUGGUCUACUGCCCCGAGCUGCACUUCAGCGAGUUCACCUCAGCCGUGGCUGACAUGAAGAACUCAGUGGCGGACCGAGACAACAGCCCCAGCUCCUGUGCUGGCCUCUUCAUUGCUUCACACAUCGGAUUUGACUGGCCUGGGGUCUGGGUCCAUCUGGACAUCGCAGCUCCAGUGCAUGCUGGCGAGCGAGCCACGGGCUUUGGUGUGGCCCUGCUAUUGGCACUUUUUGGCCGUGCCUCUGAGGACCCACUGCUGAACCUGGUUUCCCCACUGGACUGUGAGGUGGAUGCCCAGCAGGGUGAUGACGUGGGACGUGACUCCAAGAGACGCAGGCUCGUGUGAGCGCUACUGCCCACCUGGUGACACGGGUUCCUUACCUCAUUUUGCACUGGCUGACUGGUUUUAAGUAUUUGAGAGAUUAGAUCUUGAGAUGAGUUUGGCUUUUCCUUUCUGUAACAUGUGGUGAUGGGAGUGGCCAUUCUUCUCUUAGAAGACAGCUCAGGGUUUGGUGGAAUCUGGUGAAGGCUGUCACAGACCUCCUAAGUCGGCUUCUGCAAACUCACUGUCCCUUAUCCCCCCACCUGGUCAUUAGAACCACCUCAGGUCACCUCUGUGGUGAGUGCACUUCCUGAUCCAGGCCCUUGCUCCAGCUGCGGCUCACUGGGGUGCCCAGCCAGCCCAUGCCUUGGUAGAUGUGACUGGCUGUUAGAGGCUCCAUUCUGUGAAGCAGGAAGAGCCUCACAGCCCCUCCAGUUCACUUGAAGUUGAAUUAAAUAUGACCACAACAUA